UCUCCAGCGCCAGCGCAGAGAUUUCCAGAGAAGUUGGAGACAACAGUGUUGCCUUGCCACAUUGUGGACGCAAUGGGUUUUCAGUUGGAGCGCAACAUUAGCCGGUGACGGGCGGUAGAGCUACAUGCGAUAUAUACCCGAUACUAUAUACCCGAUACACACAGUAACACACCGUAGUAACCAAGUCAGCAGGCGUAGGCGGUUCCAAAACCGUUGCACAACUGCAUUUCCAGGGGAAAACCCAUAGAUCGUCCUAAGAGAUCAAUCCAAUCUAAUCCCACAGAGUGUUUGAAAACCAAAUUUCGAUGGGUUAAAAGGCCAAAAAGGGCAGAGCUUAACCCUUCGGCGGUGGUGCGUGGCUGUUUUUUUUCUUUUGCAAAUUUCGCGUCGUCUGGUUUCCGUUCCCGUGGCCGUGCCAAAAAAAAUCGAUAAUUCCGUGCUGUAUAAGUUACGGCGAAAGGUGCGCGGAUAUUCCGUUCGGGAUUUGCGUUCGGGUGUUUUGAGUACUACGCGUAAGGACCAAGUGUGCGCGAAAGAGAUUGUAGGAAAGAGAGAUUGCAGCUCACAAUACAAAACGUGGAACUGCAAAUUCCAAGCUAAAACUCAUUUUUCUACAUUUAAAAACAGCGGUUUUAAUCGGUUAAAUAUUGUAAUAUUCAAAAAACAUGUAAGAUGAGGAAAACAUUUCCUGAGUGUUAAAGAGAGCGAACCGCUACCGUUACUCCUUAACUACGGCUUUACAACCAAAGAGAGAGAGAGAGAGCGAAAUUUUUGCACAAAAGGGAAGCGCCGCUUACACUUUACACGCGCGUAAAGAGAGCGGAGAAUCGCAAAACGAAGCAGCGCGUAAAAAUAACAAACAAAAAUACAUGCGGAGGCGUAUAAAUAGAAACGGCGUGCAAAGCGCAACGGCGAAAAAUUAGUAUGUAGUAAUAGUAGUAGAAACGAAGGAGAAGCAGAAGGAGAAGAGGAAUAACGUCGACCGCGACGCCGACAGCGACUGCGGCGUCGUAGUAAGUUUUCUCCACUGUGUGUGUGCGCGCUGCGUGGGUGCAUCGUUGUCGUUGUGUGCGUGUGGCAUGUGAAGCGAAUUAAGGCAAAAGCUGAAAAUCAUGAUAAAGUUUGUCAGGCAGAAAAAUCGAGAAAACACAAUACGGGCAUCCAAAAAUUUUAUGCGUAAGAAGCGUGAAUCGAAUGACUCUGGCACAGAAUCUGAUGGUGAACUCCUCGAUGUGGAAAACCAACGUCACUUAGACGUGGAUAUGGAAACUAGUGUUGCUGGCCAAAAGAAAAUCUCUCCUGAAAUGAUGUGUCACCAGCAGACGUCGUCAUCCUGUGCCCAUCUCAUGUACGACCAGCACAGUUCCGAGGAGGAGUUGGAGGUGAUCAACGGCCCCUCCUCGCAGGCGGGCCAGCAUCCCGGCGGAACGGCGGCCACGGGCUCCUCGUGUGCCUCCCGAAUCUCGAACCGCGGAUGCACCUCCUCGCUGGACACGGAGGCGCCCUACGAGGAGCGGGCCACCACCUCGAACUCGAAGCGUUCCAGCUCCACGCUGAUGGUGGAGAACCGCAAGCGAUCGCUGGCCCACAGCUCGGAUGAUGAGUUGCGCAACUCGCUGGAGCCGAUUUUGACGCCCGUGAAUUUUCGCACAUCGCCGCCAUUGGAGGCAUUCAAGCCAAAUCGUAGCCAUAUGAUGUUCCGCUCCACAACGCCACUGAUAUUAUCGGAGGCCCGAUGUGGCAUCGAAAAUAUUAAAUUAUGUGAUAAUAGUGUAAACGAGGAGAAUGGCGACAACGGCGGUGGCGGUAGCAGUAAGUGUGCUAAGAUUGGAGGCGGAACCAUAACCGGAACCGGAAACGGUGGCAAUGAGAACGAACCGAGUGUGAUCAAGGCGUGCAGCAGCUCGCUGAAGAUGAGCAAUAGCAGCCAUCACAUCUACCAGCCGCAGCCAAAGUAUAGUUUCCACUACAACAGCUCGCGGAGCAGUCCGGCCAGCACCACCGGCUUGGAUAUGGAGGUGCGAUCGGUGAGUCCGCCGGCGAAACUGUUCCACUGCGCCAUAUCGCCCAGGCGGCGACCCAGCAACAAUGCCACCACAAUAUCACCACCAUCAUCAGCCACAUCAUCAGCCACCACGACAACGACACAAAAUGCUGCCAAUUCCGCCGGAAGUGCCGGGAAUCCGGGAAAUGCCGCCAACGUCACCGCCGUCGCCACACAGAGACUGCAGCGACCGCAUCGGCCGUGUUUAGAUUUUGAUAAGAUGCAGCAGGUUAGCCUCUAAUGCAGAGCACGCUAGCACCAGAGCAGCCGGAAAACUCGGAAAAUCCGGAAUACAUUGGAAUAGGAACGCUAGAUUGCAGAACAACCGGAAAUGGGGGGCAAAUCAAAGACUUUUUAUACGAACCAAACUGAAACUGUAUUCGGCGGUUAGCUAGGCAGAUUCAAGAUACAGAUUCAAGGACAAACAGCACAGAGAAAUAUCAUCAAAUCAAAUUAUAUAAAAUCUAAAGGUAAUUCAAAUUUUAACGCAAACCAACAAACCAAAAAAAAAGAGGAACCUAAAAUUUACAAUAGAUACAGCUAUUUUUUCACAAUUUUAAACUGAGAAAACUGUAAGCAGCAAAAAACUGUAAGGAUCGAAUCGAAAGUGGAUGGAAAACACAAUAGAUUUAGAAAAGCUCCGGUGUGUAAAGAAGGAAAGUCAUAUGCUAGUCGUAUGACAAAAGAAAGGAUCUUCAAAAGAUGAUUAAAAAUAAAUUUAAGGCAAAGCUCUGGGUGUAUAUGAUGAUUUAGAUGAUAACGUGAGAGAAAACCAGCCAGUGGAAACUGUGAACUGUAAAUAUUGUAUUUGUGUGGGAUAAACCAAAAAACUUUUGAAGAAUUGGCAUGCCAUCGAUUGGGGAGGGAGAAUGUAUUUUAAUUAUUUUAGAGAGCCGAAGAAAAUCUCCUGUGGUGAAGAAGACUCAAAAAAAUGAAAAUUAUAUUUCUAUAGAAUGAAGAAAAGCUGGUAGAGAGAGGGAAAGCGGGAAAUAUGACGGGAAAAUGUAG